AUGGAGCAGUUACCUGACGACAUGCUGGCCAAUGUCCUGGGCCGCCUCCCUCCCAGCAGCCUAGCGGCGUCACGCUGUGUCCGCAAGCACUGGUGCUCCAUCAUCGACGCCCGACGCCUCCUGCGCGCCGACCUCCUCCCUCUUCGCGUCGAGGCUUUCUUCUGCAACAGCUACUUCAUAUUCAAUCGCACGUUCCUCUUCGCACGCCCCACGGCGGCGAUCCGAAUCCCCGGCGGCCACCUUGACUUCUUCGACGACGAUGACGUCUCUCCGAUAGCCAUGGAUCACUGCAAUGGUCUCCUCUUGCAUUACGACAUGGUGGUUAACCCUGCCACACGACAAUGGGCCACCUGGCCUCCCGUACCACAACACCUGGAUGACUUGUCUCCGUCGUAUAGCCGCCACUGCUUUGCCCUUGUAUACGAUCCCAUGGUAUCGCCUAAUCACUAUGAGGUGUUUCUUAUCACCUUACCUGGUUCUGGUUAUGUUUACAACCACAACGAUGGUAGCAGAAGUCGUAUCUUCGAAGACGACGACUUUCAGCAAGAAUGGCCGCCAUCGUCAUACACUGUGUAUGUCUUCUCCUCCUCCACCAAAGAAUGGAGGUGGGAGGAGAGGUCCUUUGUUCGCCGCCAAGGAGGGGAGGCUGUUGGGACCAUCGCCGAUAUGCAUAUCGACGAAUCCAGCAGUAAACACAAGACGGUCUAUUUCCGGAGAUCACUUUAUGUGCAUUGUCCAAAUGAUUCCAUCAUGAGACUAUCUUUGUCCGAUGACAAGUACCAAAUGAUUAAACCACCGCCAGCAGCAGGGAGCAAAACUAAAACUAGUUGUCGUUGCGAUGCUUCUUCUUAUUUAGGAAAAUCAGAGAAAGGGGUAUACUAUGCGAUCCUUGAUUUGGAUGGCCCCCAAUUUCAAGUUUGGUUGCUCACUGAAUUUUCUGGUCAGAGUCAGACAGAGUGGGUGCUCAAGUGUAACGUCAGCCUUCAAGCAACGCUGAAUUUCGCCCGUCAUAUUAAUACUGAAUACGGCGUCGACGGACCAUGGAUCCUUAACUACGAGGAGAAGGAAGCACAACCUACUGCACAAGAGGAGGAGUUUGCUGAAUGGGACUUUGAUAAUGCUGUUACCGUCCUUGAAACCGAGACCAAUGACAAGACGGGCCGCCUUCUGUACCAGCAACACAAAGGAUCGGAGGCUACUCCAUCCAGGGCAGCAAGCCACUAUGUUCAACCUAUAAGUGCCACCUGGUUGGUUUUAUUAUGUUGCCACUAUGAUAUAUGCUCUGGCAGCUAUUCUGACAGCUUUCUUCGACCUGGAGAACGGCAACCAGGAGCUCAAGAGCGACCUCAAGGACCUGUACAUCAACCAUGCGUGACACAGGAAUCCUACUAUUUGCUGAAGCUCGGUUUUUACUCGGGCGAGGAAGACAUGGAGUACUCUACUUUCUCAUCUGGCACCGAACGAGCUGUCAAGACAUGGCAGGCAACGGUAGGAACUUCAGAGAACGGAGUCAUGACGUCGGAGCUACUUGAGAGGCUAUUCUCAGGGAAGACCGGGGAAGAUGCGAAAAUGGAAGAAGAGCUGCUUGUAAACUAA